CUCCAGUAUCCCGGCGGGCUGCGCGGCAGGGGUCGGGCGCAGCCGGCGGUGGGAGGACUGGCCUGGGGAGGGCGGAGCUCCAGUAUCCCGGCGGGCUGCGCGGCAGGGGUCGGGCGCAGAGCGGACUGUGGGAGAAGUGGGGCCAGUGCAACCUCUGCAUUGCUGAUUUUCAAGUUGAAUCAUUUGUUAAUCUCCGGUUUGGAAAUGUCCGAGUUCAUGAAAAGCGAUGUUUUCCUCGCCUACUCCACGUACGCCUGUAUCGUGCUAAUGAAGAUGAUGCUAAUGGGACCCCUGACCGGUUAUUUCAGGAUGACUCGUCGGGCCUUUUCCAACCCUGAAGAUGUUGCGUUGCAUGCUGGCGGGGAUGAAGAAACCAGGAAAAAAAUGCUGAAGACUGAUCCCGAUGUGGAGCGUGUGAGAAGAUGUCACCAGAAUGACCUGGAAAAUAUUGUUCCAUUUAUUGGCAUCGGACUCUUGUACACACUGACGGGGCCGAACCUGACCACUGCUCUACUGCACUUCAGAAUCUUUGUUGGUUCCAGGAUCUUCCACAGUAUUGCAUAUCUGCUUCCUCUCCCCCAGCCCUCACGAGGUUUGAGCUGGAUUGUCGGUUUGAUAACUACCUUUUCAAUGGCUUACAGAGUGCUGAAGGCAGGGUUGUACCUUUGAAUGAAAACAACAAUUGUACACCGGGCAUUCUUUAGCUUUACUUUUAUUUCCCGGAUUCCAUUCUUUAGUUCUUAUCCUCACUAAUAGUAUUUAAUAACAACAGCGCAAGUACAAAACCCAGGUUUGAUUUGUUGGGAGAAAAAAAUGAGGUCAUAAGGAAGACAAAGCAAGUUGCAGGAUAGCUUUGCUUUUGUGGAUAUGAGCUGAGCUUGUGGCUGUUCCUUCACCAACUGGAAAAACCUGUUUGGGAAGCUGUUUUUAAACAUAAUUAUUCAGCAGUGUGUAUUGGCCAGCUUUCACAGUCGACAUUAUGUCUGUUCUUCCACAACCUAUCACAGAUUAAUAAAUGCAUUUGGAAAUUGGACAUUUUCUUGUAAUGAACUGACCCAUAGAUAAUAAGCUGGCAAAACCUAAGUUAAAUAUAAAUGUGCAGCUGAACCAGCAGCAUUUAAUCAUGGUUCUAAUUGAACACACAAGGGAUUUAUUCACAUGUGUUGGGGUUGAGAUAUGUUCAUUUUGGGCUGAUGACUCGUGCUUGUUUGAAAGUUUUUUUUUGCUUUUGCAAUCUGAGUACUUUGAAAGGUUUAUCAGCUUUUCAAACUAUUGCUCAAUAUUUUAGGUGAGCCAGACACUGCUGUCUCUCAGUGAGAGAGACAUUCAGGAAAUCAGGCUUGUCAUAAACCAGGGAAGGACCCAACGAAUGGAGAGUGGGAAUGGCAGGUACAAGGCUAUUCUCUCGGGGUUGGGUGAAAUGCAACUUGACCUGAAACAAGAUUGGCAUUGCUUCAAUUUUGUUUUAUAGAUUUGACGUGUUAGCUUUUACCUCAGCAGGUUGUGAGUAUAUUAUUUCUUGGAAUUGUGUAAGUGUGAACAUUCCGGUUUAGUGAGUCCAAAAUGCACAUAUAAUGCCUAAAAAUGUAUGGAUUUCAGAUUCAAUUGGGUUAAACCUGUGGUGCAAUAAAAUUGGAGUUAGAUGGACUAUUAUGAUACAAGUCUUCAGCUACUGUAGCAAACUUUUUAAAUCACAGUUGCCAUGUUCUUAAGAUGCAGACCUUAUUUCUGUUAUUGGACUGAAUCUUGGUGCAUCUCUAUAACUUAAAACAUUUGCUCAGAAACACCGUACAUGCAGCACCACAGCUAAGUGAUGGGAAAAGUGUUUAGACCAGUGCAGUAAGAAUGAUCAUUGCCGUAGUUGUUCAGAUAUAUAUUUUUAAAUCAUUCCAAACCUGCUGGAAGUACUAACAUCACAUUGUUUGACAGAGAGAUCUGGUAAUGUUGAAGUACUCUGUGGAUAGCACAAGAUCAAUUGUACCAUCACAGCUUCUUGAUGGGAUUUAGCCCAAAGUUGGCACAUGCUUUUCAUACCCCUAAUCUCUGUUGAUCCAUUGUAGUAAGUAAAAACUGUCUACGAUCCAGGUGCAAAUGUAUUGUUUUCACCCUAUUACAUACCAUUUCCCAAACUUACUUUAGCAUUGUUAUUGUUAAUUAAUAGUCAUCACUUGGUGCUUCCUCUGACAUCACCGCCCCAUGCUGAAUACCCGCAUUAACACAUCCACUGUUUUGCUAUGUGUCACUUAUGGUGAUAUAGUUGGAAGAAUUUUGCUAAAAUGCUUAUUUUUGCUAAAAAGAAUGAAAAUUGUUGAAAUUCUUUCCAGUCACCUUUUCAUUGUAUUUUCUGUCAAUAAAUACUUGAAGUAAA